ACAACCGACUGGCCUUUAAGCAGUCACGAACGAACCCUCGUUCGUUGCAGCCGUAGAAAACCUCUUCGUUUCUGCGCGACUUCCUCCUUUUUCUUCACUCUCGUCAGUGAAAACGAAUCGCCUCGAAUCUCGAGAUCGCUAUCCAUAAAUAUCAGUUACGUGUGUGAUAUUCUCGAUAUUAACAGUGUGACUGUGAUCCAUUUUCUGUUUGGGUUUCUCUAACGUUCUAUCGCUGCAAGAGAUGCUGCUGGAAAUAGAGGGCAAGGGCUACUUCUCAACCACCUCUUCGUGAUGAACAAUCGGUGAAAGUGGCAGGUAAUCAAAGAAGAUUAAGAAAAUCAUCGAGGAGAAUGUCGAGGAAAUCAGAGGGGGUGGAUGAACGCCCCAUGGAUCCGGGGCUCAAACUUGGUACCACUUGAAUGCAAAAGAAAAAGUACAAAUGAGCAGUACGCGGGAUGGGCAAAUCUUGGCUUUGGGCCCUGUUUCCUGCGACGAUGACGACGAUGACAAUGAUGGCGUACGUUACUGUAACGACGGCUACCUCGACCUCGGUACCGUCUCUUUCUACAACUACCAGCAGCGAGAUUUUCGAUACGAAAAGGGCGGGUAUCGAGGAAGCUCUGGACGUGAUAGAGGCGGCAUCGACUGGAUCGCUGGGUGAAGAUUGUGCCACGACAGCUGGUUUUAAAUCCUUGCCAGCUAUCGUAGCACUUGAUCCUCGACGUUACGAUACAGCACGUCAAAAAGCUGACAUGACAGCCCUGAUGCUCCAAAAUCUUGGCACUAUCGGAGUAUCAAGGCACAAUGUGCUUUUAGAUGUGUUAGCAAAAUCAUUGCUGAUGUCAGUGAACGACGCCGUAGAAACGAGGGUGAUCGCACUAAAUACGUCCACGGGUGCGGUGAUUAGCGCAGUCUGGUUGGAAAGAAGCCCAGGAAGCGUCGGAGAACCGUUCAAGGUCGAGAGUCACGGACUUCAGCCAGGAUCUAUACCGGAUCCAAAUUUGCCAUGGUUUGAAAACGCGGGAGCCACCACAGAACUGAGGUCACCGAAAUUCAUGCAGUCACCGGCGAUUGAAUCCUACAGGGGUUGGUGGACCAUCCCGUAUUUCUCCUGCAAAAGUCAUCGCUGGUUGAUUUCGUACAGUGUUAACAUACGACCACCAGACGCUCGUCAUGGGAUUCGAGAAUUUUUAAGCGUAGAUAUCGAUAUCAGUGGGCUAGAAGUAAAUCAAUGUGAUGCAUCGUCGUUAAAUAAUGAGAACGAAGUUCUAAGUAAUCAAAUAGCAUCUUUUAAAGGCACGCACAAAUGUCAUACCGACACGACACAGUGUGAGUAUCAGAGUCCAAAUAAUCGUAUAAAUGAAAACGGUGUCGGUGCUGGUUGGGCGAAAGGUGCAUAUGUAUGCAAAUGUCGGAAAGGUUAUUACAGCACGAGCCAACAUCAAUCCGUUUUUGAUGGAAUUCUCGUCGAAGCUGCUUGGAAGGAAAUGCAAGAGAACAUAAGCGACGCGUACGUAACGGUGUUCCGCUGCUUACGUUGUGCACCAGGAUGUGCUAAGUGCAAGGGACCCGAACCCUGUUUAGCCACCUACAACUGGCCCUUCCGAAUCUCUCUUCUAUCGUUCUCUAUUUUCUGUGUGUUUGGUACCAUCAUCCUAGUGGUCUAUAUGUAUCAACACCGUAAGCUCAAAGUGUUCAAGGUCGCUUCGCCGAUAUUUUUGUCUAUUACGCUUUUGGGUUGUGCUAUUAUGUAUCUCGAAAUGGCCGCAAUAUUUCCCGUUUUGGACAUGUAUUCUUGUAUCGCCACGAAAUGGACGAGACAUCUCGGCUUUUGCAUUUCAUACACUGCAUUGCUAAUGAAAACUUGGAGAGUGUCUCUCACAUAUCGCGUGAAAAGCGCGCAUAAGGUGAAGCUUACGGACAAGCAGCUGCUGCAGUGGAUGGUCCCGAUAUUGUUAGUAAUGUUAAUUUAUCUUGGCACGUGGACACUCAGCGCACCGCCGUAUGCCGAAGUGAUAGCUGACAAUUAUGGUCUGAAAUUCUACCAAUGUUCUUUCAACUGGUGGGACCAUAGUUUAGCAAUCGGAGAAAUUCUGUUCCUCGCGUGGGGUAUUAAAGUGUGUUACAACGUUCGCAAUGCAGAGAGUCUCUUCAACGAGGCCCGUUUAAUAAGCUACGCUAUUUACAAUAUAGCAGCUGUGAAUAUAACCAUGAUCGCUAUUCAUCUUUUCAUUUUCCCUCAUGCUGGCCCGGAUAUCAAGUAUUUGUUAGGCUUCUUGCGUACACAGCUGUCUACUUCUGUCACCAUAUUUCUUGUAUUUGCGCCCAAGGUGAUCCGAGUUUUACGAGGCCAAGGAGAUCAAUGGGAUAGCCGUGCUAGAGCUCGCGGUGUUACGGCCAGUUUCUCUUUAAAUGGGAUCGGCUUAGUGCCCGAAGAAGCGACAGAUCUACACCAAGAGAACGAGGAAUUGAAGGAAGAAAUACAGAAAUUGGCAGCGCAGAUCGAAUUUAUGAAAAUCGUGCACAUGGAGAUGUACAAUCGCCACAUAAAACCGAAAGCAGGCGGAUAUUUUACUACUCAUGGGCCCGGUCAUAGUCAUCCGUCCUCGGCGCAGAGUCCCAUCGCCAAAAGUUCGACGGCCAGUUUCAUAUUGAAACAGACGGCCGUGGAGCGAGGGGCGAGUGCGGCCGCGGCUGCCGCGGUCGAAGAUUCCACUUUCCCUUCAGGAAGCUUGCAUCGGGCACGUCGGAUGGAAAUUCUCAGAGAACGCAAAGCUGAGAGGGAGAGAGAACGGGAGAAAGAGCGUGAGAAGGAGAGAGAAAAGGAGAAGGAAAAAUAUAAGGAGAAGGAAAAGGAAAGAGAGAAAGAAAGAGAAAAAGAGAAGGAAGAAGAAGCGAAAGGGAAAGAGGCGGAAAUGGAGAAAGGGAAGAACAAAGAGAAACAAGCAGAGAAAGAGAAUGAAAAGCAAGACAGGAAACAAGAAGGAAAUGUUGAAACCAGCGGACAGGUUUGACUAGUACUAAAUAGCGAAGAGGUAAGAUUCGUUCGUUUAUUUUUAUAAUAGUUUUAUUAUCAUUUAACGAUACGCUGAAUACGCUGUUGUAAAUGAUCCGCAAAAUUAUAAUCUUUCGAUGUUAACAUAUGCUAGAUUGCUGACGUAAUAUUAUGCUUUUUUAUAGAUCAAUUAUCAAUGACCCUAAGCAAAGAAGAAGUUUUUAUGUUUGUUUAACUUAAAGCGAUAUAAGUUAUAAUGCAUAUUUGAAAGCAAACUUAUCAAAUUUUUGCCCUUGCCCUAAUUGCAGAAACUAUCGGUCUUCUACUUUAGGAUUUCUGUAAAGUUAUCGGCCACGAACGUGUUAGAAGAAUAAUCUCCUCGCGGAGGUUAAAACUGCGUUAAUACACACACCAAGAAAAAAAAAGAGAAACGUGUUAAGUAUUCGGUAUUAAUGCUAUUUUCAUCUACAAUGCGUUGUUUUUGAAUUCAAAAUAAUAUAUAGAGUAAUAAACAUUCCCUCGAAGAAUUGAAAAUUCCCCCUUAUAAAGUAAUAAACAAAUAUAUCCAGCGAAUGAGUUAUCACUACCAUUUUACAUUUUUUAUUACGUAUUACUUUAAGUCUGUUUAUUAUGUAUUUUAAACAAGUAUCCAAUGAAGAGCAUACGCUGAAGAAUUUUUCGAAAGUUCUCGGAUUAAAGAGUACAUAUAAAAUCGAUAUUUAAAGACGUAUUGAGAAUAGCCUAAACCCCGAUUUAAAAAAACACAAUGGCUCUGGUAAAUGAAUCAUUAUGAUAACUAGACCGCGGACUUUUCUCCAUUUAUGGGAAAUUGAAAAGUGGAAAAAUGCAAGAGAUGCACAUAGCAUGUAAAUGUGUAGCGCGGAUAAGCAAAGCUUAUCAUCUAUUAUAACGUUUAACAAGGAAAACAAAUUUCCGCUUAGGUUCCAUUGCUUUAUUUGCAUAAAUAUCCGCAGUCUGAUAGUAACUACACGUAUGUAGAAUAUAGAAUAAAAGUUAGAGUUAAGUAUAAAAAUGAAGAAAUAAUGAUUAUAGUCGGUAUAUAGUGUAUGUAUAGUAUAAUGCCAUUAAAAGGGAAAAUGUGUUCCAAUCCAUCGCCUGCAUCUUUUGCUUCUUUUGUUGCUUUAUUAUUAAAAUUUUAAUAUCUAAUUACUAUCCGUAGAUAUGGUUAUGACAAAUGCGAAGCAUUAAGAAGAAUAGAAAGACGAAAACAGAAUAUGACCGAAGGAAUGAAAAGCGAAAGAAAAAGGGGAAACUUAAAUGGUACCCUUUAACGGACAUAAGGCGUUCAUGGUUUGUAUAAAUCAAAGAACUGUGUAAUCAAUAAAUAGUGAAUACUAAAUCCGUAUAACGUGUAUAACGUGUCAUUUGCUUGUGGUGGCAAUGUCUCCUUGUUAGCUUUAUUGUAAAUUAUGUACGUUACCACCAAAUGACACCUCGUUGUACGUAAAACAAGAAGCAUACUAUGUAUAAUGGUGAGGCGAAGUAUUGUUAACAAUAUAGUUAUACAAGAUUUUUAUUAAUUUCGUUACUAACCGAUGAACGUAACGAAAUUCUCAUUAUUCAAAUAACUAUGAUCGCGACUGUAGUAAUAUUACUCCUAGGUAAAUAUUAUCCUGAGAUACCUGUGAAGUAGAAGAACGAAAACUGUAUUUCUUGUUACCAAAACGAUCACCUUUGUGAUUCAUAUUAACAAAAUCGUAAGUUGUGUAGAUUUACCCGAUUAGCUCACGAACAGUUUAACAAUCGGUUAUUUUACACCGUAACGUUACAUUUACGUCUAACGUUAGUUAUCUUGUUUUAGAAUAAUAUAUGGUUUCUUAAAAAGGCAGUUAGGAGAAUGAACAGAAAGGAAAGGGUCGUUCAAUAUAAUUGUAAUGUUUAAUGUGACAGAAUGUAUCGAUAUGUGUUACUUCCGUAGCUAGAACAACAAACGGCGGCAGAUAUAGAAACUUUGUAAUAACCAUUCGACAAUUAUUUUUAGUUUACGUCUACAAAGCGGUCGAGUAUGUGUUCCUCUGUGAAAAUAAAGAGAAAUAAGCGGGAACGCUUUUAAAAGAUUCGAUUUCUUACAAAAAGGAGAAGUAAUCUCUCUCUUGAGUUACAAAUAUCACAUACAUAUACGUAACUCUAAUCGUAGUUUUAAUUUUCCACACUGUUACCUGUGUAUGUGAGAGACGCACACGGGUUUAUGUCAACAAAUGCAAUCAUAUCAUAAUUCAUACCGAGUAAAAAAAAUUGAAAUUAUCAAUUGUUCGCUUUAAUCCAUAGCGUUAUCUAAACAUUCACUCGAUAUAAAUUUCUAAAGCAUAACAGCUAUUGCAAGUUAUAGUAAUAUACAGAUAAGAAAAUAAAAAGAAGCGUAAAUAGUGUUUACAUACAUACAUACGUACAUACAUACAUACAUACAUACAUAUUUCGGACAACUCAAGAACAGGUAUAUUGACACGUUUACUUCUUUAUAACUACACGCGAGUAAGAUAAUUGUACGUCAAACGUUUACUUUUCGUGUCACGAAUUAAAAUUAAGAGAAUUUUCAUAACGUACCAAAGUUACGAAAUCUUCGAAAUAAAUUUGAAAGUAUGAAUUGCACAUGAUGAAUCGACGAAUUGCAAAUGUCCAGGUGUAAAAUUCACGUUGUUUAAAAGGAAGCAAUAUUACCAGCCGAAAGAUUAAUUAUUCGAACGCAAAUUAGCAGAGGCUGUAAAUGAUAUUAUCGGCGAAUUUGUCGAUAUAUCGAUAAUAUUCACACACUCGUGAGCGUGUACGUUUAUGUGCGUAUACAUAAGUAUGUGUAUGCAUGCGUUCGUGUGUUCAUGUUGAGAGCGUGAAAAUUGCCUCGAGCGUACAAACGCACAUUCCAGGUUAACGAAACCCUUCACUUUUAUAAGAACGAUGCGUUCCAACUAAAUUGAAAAUUACGAUAAUCGCGAUUAUUCGCAUCGAUUACGAUUUUCUAAUUCCACUUUUGUUUCAUUCUAGUUACGAUAUCACAUACUAUUCGUACACUGUACAAGGACUGUGCGAAUAAUAAUCGACUCGCCUCAUAAGGUUAUCCUAUUAGACAUAAAUCGCGAGAAAUGCAAGAGGCGUAUGAUAGUUGAAAGUAAAUACAGAAUAAAAACAUCGUUGUAUCGCACAAAGUAUCGAUAAGUAUCGAGCACAUAAAGCAUUUUAUUAUAUGAUUGGGGUGUAAAAUUCACUUGAAGAUAUGUCAAAAGAUAUAUGCAUUUUAUACGACAAUAAGAUUUAAAAUUUAAGGCAUGUUCUUGUUACUAGUAACACACAAGCAGCUCGCAAUUUCUAAUUACUCCAACGAUUUCUGUUUCAUACAUAUGAUUUCGAUUCUGAUCAUUCAAAAAUCUGAAUACUACUAAAGUGCGCAUUUUAUAGCUGUCCCUGUACGUGGCAAUCUCGUACUUUGAACUGUGCACCUGCUGUUACAAACGAAUAUAAUCGAAAUGCGAUUUAAUUUACGAUACAUAGAUUUUAUGCAUUUCAAUUAUUUUGAUGAUUUAAUUAAUUGACUAACGAUUAAUUGAUUUCACGAAUUCUAUUGCAUGUUAUUUAUUAUGAAAAGGCGAAGAGAUCGCGGUAUAAAAUAUGCAAUGUUAGUACUAUUAUUAGUAAUAUUCAAUGGAACUGCCACGUACAGGAAUUGAUGGUCAAAUUACAAUUGUACGUCAGCAGCACAUUAACGUGUUGCAACGUUAUUUGCAAGAGCCUGCCCAGCUUAUGGUCAUAUGUAUAAAUAAAACAAGUAAUGGACAGAAUGGUUGUAUUGUAAGUCAACUUAAACAAUGAUUGAUUUCUUUGGAAAAUUUCAGUUCUCGCGAUAGGCAUUAUUGCGUUAUAUAGUUGAUAACCGAUAAAUAUCACUGUUUAUGUCUAAGAUAUUUAUCGUACACGUAACCAUUAAUGAACUUGUAUGUUUGCUUGCCUGUUCGAAUGACACGCAUAAAGCAUUAUAACCAAGACGUUUUUAUUGCAGCCUUAACGUGUGUAAUAUACACAGAGCGGGCAAAUUUGUUUUCUAUUUUCCUUUGGCGAAUUCUAAUUUACGUGAAAUCCAAACUUCAUAAAAUGUAUGUAAUUCUAAAAAAAGAGAGUUUUAUUAUUUUGGAGAUUACCAUGUUCCGCAUAUCUACGUAAAUAUCUCGUCAUUUUGACAAAUUCUAUUCGACCGUAUUACAUGAGAUUUUAUAUUCAAUUUCGUGUUUUAUCAAUUUUCUAAACUUCUCGUUUCCAUCAAAUAUUCGCAUCUUCGAAAAUCUUCUCUUUCAUAUGUGAUUGAAGUAUGCCGAUUUUUUAAUCAUUGGACGUUUCGUGUGUUAAGACCUAAUAUAUAUUACACUAAUUUGUCGAAGGAAAAUAGCUUUGAGGAUAAUAACGCCAAUGCAAGGCAGCUUUACCAAUCGAUCGAUUUCGAUGAUAAAGAUGCGCGAAGUUGCGAAGAAUGGAAAGCAGGAGAAGCUAAUACUAGGGAUCGUCCAGAUCGAAUUUGUCUCGAGAAACAGAAAUAGCCUGUCACAUACGUUUGUGUGUACAAGUGAAAUGGACGUAGUCUAAUAGUAAAACGGUGUUAACUGAAAAUAGCUGGUAACUUGUUAUCGCUUAAGAGAUUUAGAAUAACUUUAAAGUUAAAGAAUCGAAUUGGUUGAGUCGAUGAAAAGAUACGAGCAAAAAAUAAAUGAUCGUUCGAUAAUAAAUUGUUGUAUAACGUAUUAAGAUUUUCAUUUAUUCAAUUAUAUUAGUAAAAAGUACUCAUCGAAUCAUUAAAACAUGGAACGUUUCAAUAACAAUAGGAACAACAUAUUUCGAAAGUACGAGCUUUAUGAAUUGCAAUUUCCGCAAUUUCCGCAACACGAACUAAGUGUUAUUAUUUAUUUUAAUAAUAUUUUAAUAAUAUAAUUUUGUGCGGGACUGUGUCAUGGCAAGAUGUCAAAAUUAUGUAUACACUAUUGCGGAUAAUUUUCAUCGGUUCCACCUUGGAGAAUGUAGUAUGGAUGUAUAAUAGAUAAUAUUCAGAGGAUAAUAAUAAGGACAAAAUGAUCGCGAUAAUAAAAUUUAGCUAAGCGUAAUGUGACGUAAAUAAUGUCGCAGAAAAUUUAUAAUCGUCUUUUUUUUUUCUUUUUACUAAAGAGGAGCGUUUUCCGGAAACGUCGCGCGUUUCCUCUUCGACGCAGUUACAUGAGUGCAAUCAAUAGAAUAAGAAAUAGGGUGAAAGAAAGGAAGACAAAGAGUAUUAUGCUUUCGAUGUCGUCGUUGUAACUUAAUGUAAGGCUAGUUAAAGAAAGAAAGAAAACCACUUUAAAGUAAAUCGAUGUUAGAAAAAUGCUAAUUCACUAAGAUUGCGUUCGCCGAUUGAACAUUAUAGCUGCGAUAUCUCUCGAGGCCGAUCUCGAACUUAGACGAUUCAUCGUCAUAACACUGUUUUUCUCUUUUUCGUUUGUUGCAUCGGAUAUAAAGACAUUAAUAUGCAGUUUGACACUAUGUAACCAUCGUAAAUCGUGGCAGAGAGAAGGUAUAUGAUUAUGCUAAACGGAAAGAUAUCCGUAAUUUUCCCACCCGAUCCUUGAAAAAGUCUGUGUAUAAACGAGAAAACGUAUUUGUAAAAAUAUAUUGUAUGUCCGGGAAUAUAAUGAUACUUGCGAGUAACAAGAAGAAUAA